GGGAUAAAAUAUGGGGAAAAAAAAAAAAUAGGAAUGGUGGGGGUGGCGGGGGGGGCCGUGGGUGCGUGCCAAGGGAGGAGGGCAGGACGGACGGACGGAGGCACGGACGGAGGGACGGCCCCACGGCAGCGCCCAGCUCGCGGCGGGCACCCAGCGGCCACCGGCUCCUCGCCCCCACCCUGGCACCCCGCUUUGGGGUGGGGGGCGCAGGGACCCCCCCCCCCGCCCCCCCGCCGGCCAUGGGCAUCCAGGGCAUGGAGCUCUGCGCUGUGGCCGUCGUCAUCCUCCUCUUCAUCGCCGUCCUCAAACAGUUCGGCAUCCUGGAGCCCAUCUCCGCGGAAGACGGCGGUGAUGCCGAGCUGGAGCUCUCGGCUGUCCGGCACCAACCUGAGGGGCUGGAGCGGCUGCUGACACGGACAAAGUUCACCAAGAAGGAGCUGCAGUCCCUCUACCGCGGCUUCAAGAGCGAGUGUCCCAGCGGCCUGGUGGAUGAGGAGACCUUCAAGCUCAUCUACUCGCAGUUCUUCCCCCAAGGCGGUGAGUCGGGAACCCCCGAGGCCGGCAGUGGAGGGUGCCGGUAUCCGGAGAAAAUGCCAAAAUACCAAUCCCGGCGUGUGGGCUUCACUGGCUCCCACCUUCCUCCCCUCGCAGAUGCCAGCACCUACGCGCACUUCUUGUUCGAUGCCUUCGACGCCGACCGCAACGGGGCUCUCUGCUUCCAGGAAAUGCUGGAGAUCAUGAAGUCCAUCUACGACAUGAUGGGGCGCUGCACCCACCCCGCCCUGCAGGACAGCGCGCCUGCCGAGCAUGUGGAGCUCUUCUUCCAGAAGAUGGACAGGAACGGUGACGGUGUGGUGACCUUCGAGGAGUUCCUGGAGACAUGCCAGAAGGUGAGCAGCACUGCAGGGGCCUUCAGCAUCGAUGCCAUCCUCCUCCUCCUCACUGCCAGGCCUCUGAACCCAAGUUCCUCAUCCUGUCCCAAAGUGAUGUCCUGAGGGGGCCGGGGGACAACAGCUCUGGUGAGGACAGGAGGGAGGGGGCGAGGGGGAUGGGGGGUCUGACCUCUCCCUCCUGCCCCAUCCAGGACGAGGACAUCAUGAGCUCCAUGCAGAUCUUUGAGAAUGUGAUCUAGAACCCAGGACCACACGCUUGGCCCCACCAGCGCCCAAGGGGGACUUUUUUUUCUACUAUCUCAAACAAAAUGAGAGGUUAAAAGAAAGAAGAAAAUAAUCCACCUGACCCCUGACACUCCAGUUACAAGAGAGGAAGAGACACGGGGUGACUUUACCGGCUCAUCCGCCCAAGCCACCCCCGGCAUGGCGCCUGGCAAUGCCUGCCCUGCCAGCCAGACCCAUUUUGGGGGGAACACCCCCACCCCACCCCGCAGCGGGGCUACCCCUGCCCUGUGCGGCACAGGAGCCCCCACAGGAGCACCCAGCCGAGGAGGGGGUCUCCAUCGCAGCCGCGAAAUGGCAGCUCCCAAUGGCCAACUGAAAGCACAUGAACCUCCUCCCCGCCACCCAAUGCAGCGCUUAAGGGGACUUAGGCCGCUCCCCGCCUUCUGGCGGUACCAGGAGAGAGGGCUAAUUUUCUAAAUAAAACAAAUGGCAAUGAUUUAGGGAUUAAAUGUGCCAGCCGGGGAGC